AUGGGGGAACCACAUAACAAUGCGCUGGUGAUCUCUUUUCUCUUAAACAACACAAGGAUAAAGCGCGUGCUUGUGGACCUGGGCAGUUCGGACAACAUAAUUAGGUCAGAAGUAAUAGAACAGUUGGGGUUGCUCAAUCAAAUUGUCUCCAUCCCUCGAAUCCUCCACGGCUUCAACAUGAUCGGAGAAGAGAUGAAAGGAGAAAUCACCCUCCCGAUCAACACAUCUGUCACAACCCAGAGCACCGAAUUUCAGGUCAUCGACGACAAUAUGAGGUACAACGCUUUACUUGGUAGGCCUUGGAUACACAAUAUAAGGGCAGUGCCCACAACCUUGCACCAGGUGAUAAGGUUCCUUACAAGAGACGGCAUUACGACAAUACAUGGAGAACAGCGGGCAGCAAGGGAAAUGUUCGCAGUCCACCACGAGACGCCAACCCCCAUACACUCGGCCUCAAAUGAUGAGAAAAGCAUGCAGACUCUUGGGGACGACCAGGAAGACUUCUUCGCCCCCGAACUUUCAUCGCCCCUGAAGAAUCAGAUGCAACCAAGUCGACAGUCGAAGAACUGGAGCAAACCAUUCUGA